GAUUCGGCAUUGACCGUGACUUAUAAAAACGUCAAUAAAUGAGUGACACCAAAUUGAAAUUAACUCCGUCUAAAUACAAUUUAUUAUUUUAUGUAGUGAAGCCUUUCGCCAAUAAUAGCUAUUUGAAAUUAACAGUUUCCAAAUCAUGCCCAUCAGGGAAGAAAACCAACAAAAAUGCGUUUCAAAUGGAAGUGAAUUAGAUAUAACCACACCGCCACCUGACUAUUACACCCUAUUUCCGAACCCUGUGUUAGUUCAAAAUUCACGUGAACCGCCAAAUUCACAGCCCAAUGCCACUUUUAUUCUAAUUACACCCAAUGAAAAUAGGCCAGAUAAUCACAAUGUUCAAAACGAAGUCACAAUAAAUCGAAGUCAGUCGUAUGCACCGGCACAUUCACGUGGAAAUGUGAGUUGUAACAUCAGUUCCAGUUCUAUGUGCAUUUACGUCGAUAGUAACGCAAACUGCCGUCCCGCCACAAAUCGAUACAACAUCAGACGGCGAUUUUGCAGGCAUUGUAUGCAUCUUAUGUAUUUUUUGCGCAAUGUUUUAUAUCAUCGUUGUAAUUCUAAGUUUCCCUCACCUAAAAUGAGUUAUUUAUGAUGAAUGAGUUUGUAACUUUGUGUCACUGAAUUUUGGUCGAUUUGAAUUCAACGAAUUCUAUGCUUUAUCGGCUCGGUGACUCAGGUCACCAGACACUCAAAUGGACCCAAUGUUAUCGCUAUGUAGUGUACAAAAUACAUUUUGUCAAGUAAAAAUGAUGACAAAUAUCGAAUAAAAUUUGAUUUUUAUAUUAUAUUGUACU